AUGUGGAAUGAUGAGCUUCAAGUUCAUGUGCAUACGGCUUCCUUCUAUGUUAUAUUAGCAAACGUUGUACAUAUUGCUACGGGUAGGGAUUUUGGGCUUGUUUGUAUCUAUGGUGAUCCAUAUCAUAGACAAACUGAUGUGAUUUGGGAUCAAAUUUCUAAUUUUGUGUAUGAUAAUCCUGGCAAGCCUGUAUUAUGUAUGGGAGACCUUAACGAGCUUUUGUAUGAUAUGGAUAAAAGUAAUGUUAAUGUGAAUCAUCGUCGCUUGCAUGCCUUUCGUGCUUUGAUUAAGAACUGUGGUUUUUUUGAUUUGGGAUUUUCGGGGCCUGCUUAUACUUGGACAAAUAGAAGAUUUUCUUCCAAUCCUACUUAUGAAAGGCUUGAUAGAGGAUUAGUUAAUCCUGAUUGGUGUGAUGAGUUUCCCCAUACUAAAGUUCUGAAUCUUCCUAUUAUUCUUAGCGAUCAUGCUCCUAUCUUUAUUACCACUGAAGGUCAAUACAAAAAACCUAAGCAAACUUUCAAAUUUGAUAAUUGGUGGCUGAAAGAAAAUGAUUUUCAAUCUUUUGCAAAGAAUGCUUGGGCCUCUAGUACAAACAGAAAUUUUUCUGCUCGUACUAACAAUCUUGCAGGUGCUCUGAAAGUGUGGUGCAAAAAGAAGAAACCUUUACAGCAGGAACUCUCCAGCCUAGAAGAACAAAUCAACCGUAUUCAAAUGCAGCCUCUAUCCAUGCAGGACCAUCAACUGGAAUCAGCACUCAUUGUCAGGUAUGAACAAAAUAUGUCGAAGCUUACUGAUUUCUAUAGACAAAGGGCUAAGAAGAAUUUUGCAACAAAAGGGGACAGGAACACAAAAAUUUUUCAUCAUGCGGUGCUUAAAAGAAGAAAGAAGAACACUAUAGUUUCAAUAAAAGAUGAGAAUGAUAACAUUCACUUCAAUCCUCAGGCCAUUGCAAAUACUUUUGUUAGCUACUUCAGAUAUAUUUUUGCUUCUCCUAAUGUGAAUGUGGGCAGACCUUUUCUAGCAUCCAGGAUCAUUUCUAACAGCCAUGACUACACGUAUAGCAUACCAGAUAAGGAGGAGAUCCUUAAUACUCUCAAGGAUAUGAAGAUAAACGCCUCUCCUGGACUCGAUGGAUUCAAUGUAGAAUUCUAUAUUGCCACUUGGAGCUGGAUUGGUGAUGAUGUUACGACUAUGGAACCGACUGCUUCGGCUAUUAUUGCAACUCCUAUAGUUCUUGAUGAUAGUAGGGAUAUCCUUUGUUGGAAGCCCACUCCUUCUGGUAAGUGCAAUUCUAAGAGUACAUAUAAGUUGUGUUUACAACAAAUUCAUAAUUUGCAGGUAAAUCAACCAAGACAGGUGAACCAAUCAACCAAAGAUAUUUUGCAGCAAGUCUGGAAGCACAAAUUCAUGGCUCCAAGGGUUAAAACUUUUGCGUGGCGCUUACUUAGGCAUGCUCUCCCAACUGGUCUUAGAGCUGGCAGGUUUUCCUCUCAUAUUUCUUCUACAUGCUCUAGAUGUGAUUCAGAUGAAGAUGAAAUGCAUCUUUUCUUUCUUUGCAACUUUGCUAGAGCCUCUUGGUUCGGACACCCCUGGUAUAUUAGAUCUGAUAUUCUUGCUCUCAAUCAUAAUUCUGUUCUUGAUAUUAUUCAGGUUCUAAUUAACAUGAACCAUCCGCAAUCAUCUAUUCCUAAUAUAUUUACCUUCUUGUGGUGUUUGUGGAAAGCAAGAAACGAUGUUCUUUUUUGUAGGAAAGAAUCACAUCCCCAUCAGGUUCACCAAGCUGCUCUAGCCAUCGCCUCUGUCCAAGAUAUACAAGAUCCCCAAGAACACCUAAAUAGGGAGCUGCCUUCAUCGAAGGAGAAGCAAUCUACAACCAUACUCUCUCAAGGGCAAGAACAAGUACAGCAAGGCUCCACCCUCAAAUCUGACUUGGCUAUUUCAGGUACCAAAAUAUAUUCAGACGCUUCUUGGCAUAAGAAGAAUGUGCCUGGGUAUGGUGGUAAUCCGGCUACUGGUAUUGGUGUUCACAUCCUUUUCCCUGAAGAGGGUUCUGAUUCAAGAAUAAUGAUUCAAGCCUCUACUCAUGAUGUUUGUUCACCUCUUAUUGCUGAAGUUUAUGCACUUCUAUUUGCUGCUAAAAUCUCUUGCAGGCUUCAACUUCAGCAAGGUUCUUUUCUCACUGACAAUCUUUCAUUAGCAAAGAUGGCUGCUUCAAGAGAUAUCAAUAACACCAACAUCAGCUGGAGGUGCAGACAACCAAUUAGCGAGUUCUUUCAAAUCUCCCUUUCUCUUAAUGCUGUUUAUCACAUCUCUAGGAAUACCAAUGGAAUUGCUCACAAUUGUGCUCAUCAGGUUCUCAACUCGAGAGUAGAACCUGUCUUUAGUUGUUCACGUUCCUCUCAUGCCAAUGUACCUUGCCCUUUUCUGCAGUCCCUUCUCAAUUUUCAAGUUCAGGGCUAUGUAAUUCAUGUUGUACAUUGUCUAUGAGUUGAAUGAAAUUGUGGCGCUUGAUGGCGCCUUCCUUG